AAAAUUAUAACAUCAUUUCAGGCCUAUCCAUAAAGCUAAUAGCAGUAGGAAUAAUCGUUUCCCCUUUCAUUGAAGCCAAUGUAAAUAAAUAAAUUAAACGUGCUCUAGACAAAUUAAAUGAAUGUUAGCCAAAUUAAAUGAACGGACCGAGUGAUAUCGUACAAUGUACUGUUUUGGGUGAAACCGUGUGAAUAGUUUAUGGAGACGGAAUGAAGAACGGAAAAACAUAUUUUUGGUCAAUGCUGCAGGCCCUGGCAUUGUUACCUACUAUGGCUUUAAAAGAUUCUCAAAUGACAACAAAGAAGUUUUCAGAAGAGCCAGAAUUUGAACGCCCGAUCGGCAACCACACUUUCUUCUUGGGAAGAGAAGCAAUAUUAGGUUGUGCUGUUACGAAUCUAGGAAAACAUAAAGUAGGCUGGCUAAGAGCAGAAGACCAGACGGUGCUAACUAUGCACGAGCGAGCGGUGCUUGGCGCGAGGUACUCAGUCCACAUGGAUGCUCCCAGGACGUGGCAGCUGAGGAUCCGUCCCCUGAGGGCAGAGGACCGCGGCUGCUACAUGUGCCAGAUCAACACGCAGCCCAGCAUGAAGUGGCAGAUUGGAUGCAUCGAUGUUUACGUGCCACCCGAUAUCAUGAGUGAUGAGACGUCAGGAGACGUGUCAGUGCAAGAGUUGGAGAACGCGACGCUGACGUGCAAGGCCACAGGGCACCCGCCUCCGAAGAUCACGUGGAGGAGAGAGGACCACGAGCCUGUACUGCUGAAAAAGCCACAGUCUAGAGACUUUGAUAAAGUGGAGAGCUACACAGGCAGUUCGUUGCCGCUGUGGCGCGUGGACCGCCGUCAGAUGGGCGCCUUCCUCUGCAUCGCCGCCAACGACGUGCCCCCGGCCGUCAGCAAGCGGAUCAUACUUAAUGUUAACUUCGCACCAACAGUGAAAGUGCCAAACCAGUUGCUAGGGGCUCCUUUGGGCACAGAUGUCAAACUGAAGUGCUACGUUGAGGCCCAUCCGAACACCAUCAACUAUUGGAUCAAGAAUAGAGGAGAAAUGUUACUGGAUGGACCCAAAUACACAAUCACGGAAGAGAAGGUCUCCUACCAGGUGACGAUGUGGCUGACCAUCAGGCAGUUCUCGAGAAGCGACAUCGGGACCUACAACUGUGUCAGCACCAACUCCCUCGGCAAGAGUGAGGGGACACUCAGACUUUACGAGAUAAAACUCAACUCGUAUUCAGAGGAUUUCGGCAAUCAGAUCAGCGUUGCCGGUGGUUUGACGGAGGCAGCAAAGGGUUGCGCGCGACGACUCCACUGGGAGCAGAUGUUGUUAAGCCUAAUGUUAUGUUUUAGCUUUGUGUACCUUACGUAGUCAUUGUAACUCUGUACAUAUUGUUAGGUCCCGAUUUGGGUGUGAUGGCGGGAGAUUUUUGGGUCU